CGGGGGGCGGAGGCCGGGGGGAGGCCGGGCCGGGCCGCCCGGGGCCGGGCCGGGCCGGGGCCGAACGGCGGCGGCGGCGGCGGGGCCAUGGGGAACCUGUUCGGGAGGAAGCGGCGCAGCCGCGUCACGGAGCAGGACAAGGCCGUGCUGCAGCUGAAGCAGCAGCGCGACAAGCUGAGGCAGUACCAGAAGCGGAUCAGCCUCAACCUGGAGCGGGAGCGAGCGCUGGCCCGGCAGCUGCUGAAGGAGGGCAAGAAAGAAAAAGCCCUGCUCUUGCUGAAGAAGAAGCGCUACCAAGAGCAGCUUCUGGACAGAACGGAUAACCAGAUCAGCAACUUGGAGCGGAUGGUCCAGGAUAUCGAGUUCACCCAGAUCGAAAUGAAGGUCAUCGAGGGUCUGAAAAUAGGCAACGAAUGUCUGAACAAGAUGCACCAGGUUAUGUCAAUAGAAGAAGUGGAAAGAAUAAUAGGUGAAACCCAAGAUGCUGUGGAGUACCAGAGGCAAAUAGAUGAGCUACUGGCUGGCAGCCUGACUGAGGAAGAUGAAGAUGCCAUUCUAGAAGAAUUAAACACUAUUACUCAGGAACAGCUGGAGCUUCCAGAAGUUCCUUCUGAGCCACUCCCGGAAGAGAUCGCAGAACCAACACCAAUCAAGAACAGGCCAAAACCAGAGCUUGUGGCAGCAUCCUAACUCCCACUUCUGGGGAUUCCCCCAUAACUUUCACCCAGGACAGUUUGCCAUCCCAGCCCGUGCUGGGAACAAGCAAUGCCUUGGCAGCAUCCCAGCUGUGCUGGGCGGAUUGUGGAGCAGGAUUCCCUGCGCAGGGUGGGGAACCUCAGCUGGUUGACUAUUGCUCUUGUAUCAAGAUUAUUUUCUAGCGCUUUCUUUUUUUGUAACUUAAAUUCUGAACUCACUCAGCUGCGCUGUCUCGGGAUUAAAUAACAACUCUCAAACUUCCAAAGCCAAAUGCUUUCUUAGGUUUGGUUGGUUUGAUUUCAGUUGUAAAUCUGCCUUUGCUCUGACAGAAUCCCCAUCAAGCCCUCCCUUGGAGUGCUUGUGGCUGUCUUAGAGCCACCAUGCUCGUGAGCCCUCCUGACCUUUCUGGUGUCCGCACACCUCUGUCCCUCUGCUUCUCCUCUUCUGGUUCUGUUUGUGGAAGAGCUGCUGAUGUUUCUUGUCCUCACCUAGAUCAGGCUGCCUGGGACGAGCAGGGACCCGUAGGGGCCCCGUAGGCAGGGGCUGGGUGCAGGCAGCCCGGGGGAGGCAGCAAAGCCUCCGUGCUGCGGCUGGAAACGGUUCUGGCAGCUCGUGCAAAACCAGCAUACGUGAGGGUGCUUCACUGGGGCAAAGCUAGGAGUGAUUGCUUGACAUUGCCUGCAGCAGCACUCGUUGAGAGGGACACCAACCUCUGUGUGAGGUGAGGAGCUGCUCUCUGGGCAUGAGUCAGAGGCAGCUGGUAAGGAUUCCCAUUCAGAUCCCGCUCUGCCUCUGGCAAUCCAUGGCACCGAAUGCAGAAGUGGAGUUAAGAAAUCUGCUGAGCCUCUUAAAAUUUAUAGCAAGGAGCAUUCUGCCGACGUUACGAGGCAGAAGUCACCCCGUGUUGGCUCAGCACCUUCAUCAGAGUCCGAGUUCACCUUUGCAGUGUUCAGGCGGACUGAGCUCGAUUCUGCUGCCCGUUGUCAGCUCCUGGUUGAUAUUUCCUCGUAGGGCAGGAGACAGGAAAGGUCAGGCUGGGUAGGCGAGAGGCUUGUUCUGCACCAGACGUGAAGUUUGAAGUUCUUUAACUCGACGCUCCGAAGGCUCUGCUCAGUAAGGAGCUAGAGGGGAGGCCGUUUUCUCCUGAGACCUGGUUGUGGAGGACGGUCCGGUGCUCGGCGCGGUGUAGCGGGGCGCUGGGGCUGGCGUGGCUGAUGAGCUGCUUGGAGAGCUGCCUGGCCAGCCAGGUGGUGGGCAGAUUUAGCCGUUCUUGGAAGCAAGCGUACUUGCCAGCUUGCAGAUGCUCUUCAGGACACUGCAGAUCUUUAUUUAUUACGGUCUUGAAGCCACAACCCUCAAUCCCUGUUUCUGUGACAGAGCAGAAGGACCCAGAGGGCCCUCUGAGACUUUCGGUGGCUGCCUUUGGGGCUCUGUGACCUGGUGCUAGACAACGCUAACUAAUCCCAGAGACUGCUGCCCCCCAGCCUGCAGUGAGGAGUCAGCAGUGGCUGGGGGGUGUUGGAUUUUUGUUUGUUGCUGUUCUGUUGCGUUUAAGUCAUGCUUUCUGUUUCGUCUCCAUUUGUGCUGUUCCAAGGACUGGUGAGGUAUCCGCGUCCCCCUGCCAGGGGCAGGAUGUGGGGCACAAACCCUCGAGCAGCGUGCACUUUGCAGUUGCCCUAUUUUCAAUCUCACUGCGCUGCCUCUCUCUUAAUUAAUGUUGCAUAACAAAGCCGCUGCCCCACAAGCUGCAGAGGUGUUUACAAAGCAGUGCAACAGAAAACAAGCAACUUUCUCUGAAACUGGCAGAGGGGGUUUAAAAUGAUCCCUGUGCUUAUGCUGAAUGCGCCGGUCACCCCAGCCCGUGUUUGGAACAGCCACGUUACAGCCACCUGCCAUUCAGCUUUCACAGCUGAAGCUAAAAUAGGGCAGGGCUGUGUCUGUUUUACACUCCUGUGGUGGUUUUUCUGCAGGCAAGGCUCUUGCUGCUCUGUUACCACCCCGGGUGGCUUGCAGUGCCCGCUUUUUCCACCAGAGAGAGCCUUGUCCUCACCAGCGCGGUGGCGCCUGCAGCACUGGUGGGACGUUUUUCUUCCAGCCUCCUUUGGUCCUUUGCUAGCCUGGUGUCUCCUUGUUUAAUUUUCCCCUGUUUAAUUUGUGACUCAUAGGAAUGAAUGCUGGACUCUUCCAAGAAGAAGGUCUCGAAGGGACCUCUCCCGGGGCACAGCUCUUGCUGCUAGCGCUCUGAGUAAGCCCUGUUACACAGGGUUGGCACACAUCGUCGUGGUCUGCGUGCUCCUUUUCUUUCCCACGAACUUCCUGGCGACAAGGGAGGCACGAGCAAACCAUCCCCUGGGGAAUUAUGCCCUGCGCUGAUGCUGUGCCGUCAGCCUGUGACUGCAGCCGGGGUGCUGAGCCUCUCUGUGCCCCCUGCCCCGUGGGAGCUGUGUUCGGGCAGUGCUGGAGGGGUUAAGGCUGCUCCCUGCCUCGGUGGGUGCCAUAAAGGGGCCGCACGCUGACCUCCCGACAGGGAAGUUGGGAGCAGAUCGCCAGCAGCUUCCUCUUCUAAUCCCUGUAGCAAACAGAUUGCGCUGUGCCUCCUUGGGAGGAAGAGCCAGGAGCGGUGUGUGACCUCCGUGGUGUGCUGUAACAAUAAACGAUUUCUAAUGGUUUCACCGA